CUAGAGGAGACUAGAGUAGACUAGAUCGUAUACAGAUAUCCAUUGUCAAACAAAACCAAAAACGAGUCAGUGGGUGAAUGGGUGGGUGUGUGGGUGGUGGUGGUAAGGAGAUGAGACGGGUCUGGCUCAAAAACAAAGGCGACCAGCCUGGCUUUGGAUGGCACCGGGCCCACACGAUCGACACGACGCAGCACAGCUGAUGACAAAUGCACUAGCGCACACACCACCUCUCUGAAGAAACAAACAACGAACGAUGACACACGCCAUACCACUAAGAAAGCACACACGCCAUCCGCCAUCCAUCCAUCCAUCGACUCCAUCCUCCUCCCCCCAUACCCACCCAUCAACCCUCCUACGUGUGCAAAUUCGCGACCUUUGCACACGACUCCCUCCCCUCCCAGAUCGUUAAUUCAACAAAUACGCGAGUAUGCCUGUGCGAUAUCUCUCCCCCAAGCUGCGUGCGAUGGUUGGUGAUCACUUGCAGUCGCCUUCGUCCCAAUUGCAUGCCUCCACGUUGCACACCUCAUCACACUGCCCGUCGCCCAACAGAGGCGGCGAGCAGCCGGGGCAGCCCUGACACACAACAACACACAACAGCGCACACAGUCGUGUAUUUCUCCCUCGUCAUAAGCAGCUGUCAUGCAAGGCUCACCUUGACUGCCUCGCAGUCUCCGUCGUCGAAUUUGCAGGCAGCGACGUUACAGAGUGGGUCGCAGAACCCGUCCCCUCUAUGCUCAGGAUGGCAACCAGACGCACACAAAUCGCCUGAAGCAACAACAAGAGGUAAAGUGGCUGUGAGGGGCCUUGCGUCGUGAUACUGAGCUGUUCGCACCUUUGCAGUCGCCUCCGUCAUUGCCGCAUGCCUCUGUGUUGCACUCGGCAUCGCACACACCAUUGCCCAGCAGAAAAGGGCGGCACCCACCAGACAGACCUGCACAUGCACACACACACAGGGGGAGAUCUCAGCCUGCUGCCACCCGGCCAGCCGGCCUGCUGUCGUCCCCCAAACGCCCAACUUACACGCAGCUCUUGUUUGGAUGGCAUCUCUCACCCUCCCGCGCACGUUGGAGAGCCCGCCACCAGCCGCCCCCGCCCCCGCCUCCUCCUCUCUGGCCGCGUCCGGCAGCCCCAGUGUAUCGCCAAUGGACUGGACAAUCGACGCCACUCUGCCGCCAGGCCGCUCAGCACAGUCGUCACCAUCCCAGUCACACUCCUCCACUUCGCACCCAGGCUGACAGAUGCCGUCGUUGAUCUGCGAGUACCGACAAACGCCGUAGCAGAUAUCCGGCUGAAGGUUGCGCAGCAUCUGGCUCGUCAGGGGAUGACGGGAUGAGAAGUCGGGCAGGCUCGAUAAGAGGGAGGACCGCACGCGAGAUGAAGCGUAGCCUGGAGGAUCAGCACACAAUAUGCGGGGGGUCGGUCGUGUUUAUUGUCCCUCCCUGCUCACCUCCGGCGAUGCCCAAUAGCAGCAGGAGCAGCUGUCGCCUUCUCCCUCCCUCGUACCGGGAGCGUCGUAGAUCCGCACCGCCUCGGUGGCCAUGACGGCUACCCGUCUGCGAUGUAUCUUCCAUCCCAAGGAAAGAACGUUUGGUUUCAGAACGUUUGCAGUAUGUAC